AUGCACUCCUUCCUAGCACUGAUAUUUUGUGCCCUUCUCGCCUUUGCAGGGGCUCAGCCCAGCCCAGUUGUGCCGAAGGGGUUCGUCACUCAAAGGAAUGGAGAAUUUCGGCUGAAUGGCAAACCUUUCAAUUUCGUUGGUGCGAACUCUUACUGGGUCCCACUCCUGACAAAGAAAGAAGAUGUGCACGCCACCUUCAGAGAAAUGCAAGGAGCCGGUAUCAAGGUUCUACGAACGUGGGGUUUUAAUGCCAUCAAUGGUUCUGAGCUUGCUUUGGCUCGCGAAACCGACCUGACCUACUAUCAGGUCUGGAACUCAACUGAAUGGGUCAUAAACGAUGGCCCACAAGGCCUCCAGAGGUUGGACUAUGUGAUUAAAACGGCUGGACUGUAUGGCAUUAAGGUUAUCCUUGCGUUCACCAACAACUGGGUGGGAUAUGGAGGCUCCGAGCUAUAUGUCAACUGGAUCGCUGGUGCUGGCUCGACUCACGACGUGUUCUUCUCUGAUCCAAGAAUCAUUGCCUCCUACCAGAGAUAUGUCACGGUCAUCGUCAACAGAUACAAGAAUUCCCCCAACAUAUUUGCCUGGGAACUCAUGAAUGAAGCCAGAUGCCUUGGAGAUCUCCCUGCUGGUCCCAAUUGCGUCGCUGGAACCAACUUGCUCAGCCAUUGGUACAAGCAACAAUCGGAUUACGUCCGUUCUCUCGAUUCAUACCACAUGAUCACCACAGGAGGUGAAGGCCACUUCUACUGGCCAGACAAGAACGUUGGGUUCUGGCACAAUGGGGUUUUCAUCUCGGAUUACAACUUCAACGGGCAAGCUGGUGAAGACUUCGACGCUGACCUACAACUGGAAAACAUCGAUUUCGGCACAUACCAUAUCUACCCACAAUAUUGGUACACGCUACUGGAUACGCCGUCAUCUACGAACUUCACAAUCAAGGACUGGGGGCUGUCCUGGAUCCAGGAUCAUGCAGACAGCGCUAAGAAAGCCAACAAGCCGGUUAUUCUCGAAGAAUUUGGUGUAUCUGGACUGCAGAACAAGACUGAAAUAUAUCCGGAGUGGGUUGGGCUAGCUUUGAAAACAAGACAUGCUGGUAUUAUGCCAUGGCAAUUUGGUAUGACCGGCUUGAAGGAAGACAACCGUGUCUUUAAAUAUGCCGACUAUAUUAUCGACGGUGCAUCACCGAACGACGGCUUCGCGAUCUACAAGAACCAGACUGCUGUCUGGAAUAUCUUUGCGUAA